AUGCUGGUGCUGGACAGCCGCCGGCCGUCCACGGCCGUCAUCUCGAAGAUGUGCAGCCGCUGCUCGCUGAUGGCGAUGGCCUGGUCGGCCACGUUGAUGCGCCACCGCCGCCAGCGCGAAGCCGACGAUCACGCCCGGCAUCACCUGGCUGAGGCGCAGCGCCUCGCCCUUGAGCACGGCCAUCAUCAGCGUGUUCUGCGCCAGGCCCGGCACCCAGUAGUACCAGCCCGCCUCGCCGCCCGGGUUGAGCAGGCUGAUCAUCGGCAUCAGCGUGACGGCGGUGAUGACGAGGGUGCUGCCGGCCUGGGCCUCCUUGAAGGUCUUGGAACGGAUGGCCAUGGCCAUCAGCAGGGCCGACAGCCCCGCGGCCAGCGGCAGCUGCAGCAGCCAGAAGGCCAGCACUUCGGGCCCGCCGAAGCUGAACUGGGCCUGCAGCACGUCGCUCUUCAGCAGCCACUGCGCCGGCACGAAGCUCACGCUGGACAGCAGCGCCACCGCCAUGCUGAGCAGCGCCACCGCGCCCCACUUGCCGGCCACGAGCGCGCCGCUGCCGCACUGCAGUUCGGUGGGAAUGCCGUCGACGCGGCAGGGCUUGAGCACGGCCGCCUGCGCGAGCGGGGCGGCGAGGGCCAGGGCGGCGGCGAGCGCGAGAGCGCGCCGGGCGGGGAAGGGCAUGACAGACCUCCAGGAAUCGGAUGGCCGGCAGUAUCCGGGCGCGCGGCCCGGUGGCCGGCCGUCCGAGGAUGGCUGGCGACCUGGUGCGUUGAAUGGCGCCUGACAGCACAUGAACGGCGGCGUAUGCUGCGGCCACACCCACGCCGAGGCCUCAGCAUGCAGACCCUGGACGAAAUGCGCGACCGCUGCCUGCUCACGCCCCAGCAGCAUGCCGACAUCGGCGCCUGGGUGAGCCAGGCCCGCACGCCGGAGGGCCAUCCUGGCGAUGCCCGAGGACCUGUGGCGCAGCGCUGGAGCUGGCCAGCGUGCUGA